CUCAAUUGAGAGACAAUAAGGUGGAGCGUUGUUAGCAACAUGUUUCCAUCUUUGGGAAUAGAGCAUUCAGAAGCCCAUAUAAUCCGCAUGUGUGCUAUGCUAUGCUUCCGACCCCUGGGAGAAACAGGAUGAAGCGCGCAGGGUAUUCUAUUGGUAGCUCAACAAAGUUGAAAAGCGGUGUGCAUGGGGCUGUGUUUAUCCUGUAGACCUCGGCUUAUGUCCCCAAUGCACCACGAGGAAGGUGGGGAGUGAUCAUGAGCUAGAGAGAGAGGGGUGAGGUUGCAAAGAUUGGACAGAAAUACGUCAAACACCCCCGGUCAUGAUCGAGUCUUUAGGCAUCAUCCAUGAGGACAUGACUUGCUUCCCAUCCAUACGUAAGUCCCAUCGGCCUUAUCUGCCAUCAUAUGGCCCCUACGAGAACAUUGUCGGUUUGCGCGCAUUUCGCUCUCGCUAGAAUGACUACUCGUCCGACAGUUUACGUUCUGCUAGUACUCCCCCCACUUUUCUCCGCGGGAGGCAUCCACUUUGACUGGAAGACCGACAUUCUAUCUCCUCUUGGUGUUCUUCUGGGCGCCUGUUCGGUUACUUUCUGGCUUGCAGCUAGAAGGCGAGACCCUCCGGAUGUAGAUCAGCGCCAGGGCGAUACCCUGGCACCCAUCGGUGUUCAUAAAAAAUUAGGGGUUUCCCCGUUCACACAAACCCGAGCAACCCCGGGGGUGGGCUUGAAUAAUUAUAACAAACUGUGUUGCGGGGCCAGAUCGCUGCUCAUUCCAUGCUACAUUAUGUCGAGCUAGUACGUCUUUGAUGCGAGAUUGCGUGAACAAAG